AUGCCACCGUCCGCAUUUUCUUCGGCCACAGGGUCUGGGGAGGCGUUGUCCGCUGGUAUGACCCGGUUUGAGCACGAGGCAACGGGGGGUGCAACGGAGCGCACAAUACAGGACACAGCAGUAGUGGUGGGGGGGGCGAUUCAAGACAAGGCGGUUGCGGUGGGCAGCACAAUACAGGACACGGCCGUGGUGGUAGGCAGCAGGAUUCAGGGCAAAGCGGUGGAGCUGCAGGAGAGAGCGGUGGAGGUGGGUACGAGCAUCCAGGACAGGGCGGUGGAGGUGAGCAGCACGCUGCAGGACGUGGUGUCGGAGGUGGGGCAGGUGGUGACUGAGGUGGGCGUGACUAUACAGGAGAAGCAGCAGGAGAUCGCCAAGGUGGUGCAGCACACGGCGGAGGACGUGGAGAGGAGCCUCCCGCCCCCCGCGCAGGGGGCGCUGAGGACAGCGGGGUGGGGCGUGCAGGCGGUGGUGAGCGUGGUGGCGCCCGUGCUGGAGCGCAUCCCCGUGACCAAGGGGCAGCUGGCGGGCGCGGCCGUGGUGGUGGUGCUGUUCAUCAAGGCCGUGGAGCAGUGGUGGUACCAGUUCCAGCAGGACUCACGUGGCUCGAUGCACUUUGACAUACCGGAGCGCAUCCGAGUGGAGGCGCCGUCGCCGCUGCCGCCCCCGGUGCCGGUGGCGUCCACGCGGCAGCAGGUGGACGUGCGGCGCAAGGAGCCCAUGGAAUGGGUCAACAUGCUGCUCCGCAAGGUGUUCCGCAUAUACCGCACGGGGUUAGAACGGUGGAUGGUGGGCAUCCUGCAGCCGCUGAUCGAUGAGGCGCCCAAGCCACGCGGCGUGCAGCGUGUGCGCAUCAAGCAGUUCUUCCUGGGGGACGAGCCGCCCUCGCUCCGGUCCAUCGAGAGGCGCACCUCCCGACGCGGCAACGACCUGCAGUACCACGUGGGGGUGCGGUACACAGGAGGCAUGCGCAUGCUGCUCGAGGUCCCAGUGGACAUCAGCAUGGGCCUGUCAGCCAUCCCGCUGACAGUGCCCAUCCCGGUGGGAGUGCGCAGCUUUGACGUGGACGCGGAGGUGUGGGUGCGGCUGAAGCUCAUCCCCGUGGAGCCGUGGGUGGGCGCGCUCACGUGGGCCUUCGUGUCCAUGCCCAAGGUCAAGCUCACGCUCGCGCCCUUCCGCGUCGCUUUGCUAACGGAGGAGCUGCCGGCGCGCUUCCUGCGGCCCAACAGCAAGGAGGUGGAUCUGCUGAAAGACCGCCCGCUGCCGGCCGACCCCGAGCAGCGCGAGUUCCGCGAGGGGCAGGUGGCGGGCGCCACACUGGGCUUCGCGGGGGAGCUGCAAGUCACCGUCAUCGCCGCCCAGCGCGUCAUCCACCUGCCCCUCGGUACGGCCUCCUUUGUCAUGUUGUGGAGUCACUCGUUUGUAGACUGCUCGUUGCAGUCACACUCGGUGGAGUGCUGGGGCAGCGGGAAGCUCACAGCAAGCCAUGGCGGGUGGAACCCCCCCUCUCACGCCUGUGCCAUCACCCGCUGUCACUCCCCCCACCAACCAGGCGACAGCGACCCGUACGUGGUGUUGGAGUUUGGGGCAGCCGGUGAUUCACAGGCAGCAGCACAACAGCAAGCCAUGGCGGGUGGCCCUCUCCCUCUCACCCCUGUAGCCUCUUUAUCCUUUCCCCCCCUCCCUCCCCCAGGUGACAGCGACCCGUACGUGGUGUUGGAGUUGGGGCAGCAGGUGGCGCGCAGCAAGCGCAACAGCGAGACGUCGCUGGUGGGCCCGGCGGGGUACCCCAUCUGGAACCAGGACUUCGUGCUCCUCGUGCUCGACCCCUCCCUGCAGCGCCUCUCCGUCACGCUCAGGGGCUCACUCGGACUCUUCUACGUUGACUUUGGCCACGGCUCGGUGCGGCUGGACUCACUCCAGGACACGGUACCAACGGACGUGUGGGUGCCGCUGCGCCUGCGCCUGCCGCUGGGGCGGAAGGCGUGCGGGCGGGUGAAGAUGCGCCUCACGUACAAGGCAUUCGUUGCAGAGGACGACCAACAGGACGUGGAGACCUUCGACCAGCCCUACAGUGAGGCGGAGAGUGAUGGUGAGGGCGCUGACGCGCUCGCUACCAUUUCCCGCCUUCGGAAGUUUGUUGCUGACGUGGCGGACUCCGCUGCUCCGCCGGAGCUGAUGAGGAUCCUGGAGAAUGUGAGGGUGGGCGAGAUCCCACGUGUCGUUGACCUGGAGCGACUCAGCACUGACGUGGCGAAGCUGUCUGACCUGGCGCGUGCGCUCGAGGUGGCGCUGUUCAAGGACGUGAACCGAUUGUCGGAGCUCCCAAGGCUGUCGGAUCUUCCCAAGAUGAAGGAGUUCUCCGUGCUUGCUGAGCUGGCGAGCCUCCGCGCUGACAUCGAACGGCUGGCGCAGGCGGCUCGUGCGCUGGAGCUGGGCGCUGAGCUGGAGAAGCGCGUGAAGGUGGAUCUGUCGCGCAUCGACCUGGACCUGUCGUCCGUUGAUCUGCCCAAGUGGGACGAAUGGAUGGCUGUGCCGCGCCGCGCCCUGCCCCAGCCCAAGGACCUGGUGGAGCGAUACCGCCUGCUGCUGCCGGAUGCUGAGGCCAGGCGGCGACAGCGGGAGAGAGAGGCGAGUGCGGAGAGAGGGGACGAGGAGGGUGAUGAUGGUGAUGAUUUGGAUGGUGGGAAAGGGGGUAAGGGACAGGGGAGUGGGGAGGGGAGAGGAUGGUGGAGGAAGUGGAGAAGUGGAAGGGGAGGCAUGGAAGGGAAGGGGGGGCGGGGAAGUGCUUCAGGAGCGGUGGGGCGAGGUGAUGAGUUGGGGCGAGGGGAGAGGGGAAGAGGGGGAGUGGAAGGAGGGAAACGGGACAGGGGGAAUGGAAGAGAGCGAGUGAGAGAAGGGAUGCUAAGCGGAGAAGGAAUGGAGGAUGCAAGAGGAGGGGAGAGGCCAUCCGAAGGGAGGAAGAAGAUACGACGGGUGACUCCAGCAGUGGUGGCGGAGGGAGGGGGCAGGAGAGCUGCGGAAAGGAGAAGGGCAGAGGGGCAGCAGGUGGGAGCAGAGGAGGGGGCGUUUGAUUGGAAGGAGGCAUUGCGCGUGUUUGAGGGCGUGUGGGGCAUGAUGGACGGUUCGCCCUCCGUGCUCCCAGGCUCACUCUCCGACCCCCCCGGCUCCUCCACUCCCCGUGCAGCCUCUGCAAGGCAGAUCACGUCUCUGCCGGAUGCCCCGGUGUUGAGUGGGCAGGCGCGCUCAGAUGCCCCUUCUCGCAUGCCCUCUGGUGAUGCGCGCACAGGGGGAGCCGGGGCGGAGGAGGGGAGUGAGGGCGUGGGGGAGGAGAGGGGGGAGCGCGUGGUAGCAGCAGGCAAGUUGAGAGGGAAUGCGGUGGGGGAGGGAGGGGUUGGAGAGGGGCGGGAUGGGAAUGGGAGGGUGGCGGUGAGUGGAGAGAGGCUUGAGAUGCGUGCGAGUGGAGGGGAAGGGAAGUGCGAGGGAGACAGUGGGGUGAGCGGGAAUGGCAGUGUGGCAGAGGGAUUGAUUAGUGCUGAUGUGGAUGGGGAGGAUGCCAGCAUGGCAACACGUGCAGCUGAGUCAGCAGCAGUGCGCAUGGCAGGACGAGGCAAGGGGUAG